UGGAGGGUACGGGAAGGGGAAGUUUGGAAGGGGAGGUUUGAAAAGGGGAAGGAGGGUUUUUUGGAACCGGGACGAAAGGAAAGAGACCUUUUGGGGGGGUUUUCUACCAAGCUUUUUGGGGUUUUCUGCCGAGGAGGAUUUAAUUGUGGAGACUAUGGCUGGCUUCUCAAAUUUGGGAUUCCUUUUGCUUUUUCAAAUGUUAGCCUCUUCCUGUGCUCAGAGGCCAGGACUACGAGGCCCUGUGGGACCGCCGGGACCCCCUGGAUCAGCUGGCAAAGAUGGCAUAGAUGGAGAACCCGGCCCACCAGGCCUGCCUGGCCCACCAGGCCUGAAAGGGGCGCCGGGGAAACCGGGAAAGGCAGGGGAUGCAGGUUUACCUGGCCUCCCAGGGGUGGAUGGUUUAACAGGAGUGGAUGGCCCACCUGGGCCACUUGGGCUACCAGGAGAAAGGGGGGCCAUAGGACCUUCCGGACCAGCUGGACCAGCUGGCAGAGGGCUUCCAGGACCCCCGGGACCUUCAGGGCCCAGUGGAUUCCCAGGUGCAAAUGGGUUUCAAGGACCCCCGGGACCGUCUGGACUUCCAGGGUUUGCCGGACCACCUGGCCCUCCUGGACCACCGGGUGUGCCUGGAGUUCUUCCCGAUGGCAACGGAGACCUUCAGUGCCCUGCCCUCUGUCCUCCUGGCCCUCCAGGGCCACCCGGAAUACCAGGAUUCAAGGGUCAUACUGGUUACAAAGGCGAGCCUGGAGAACUGGGCAAAGAUGGAGAAAAGGGUUCACCAGGCCCUCCCGGCCCCGCGGGACCUCCGGGAAGUGUUGGCCUUCAGGGUCCACGAGGAUUGAGAGGGCUUAUUGGGCCAGUGGGCCCUGUUGGUGACAGGGGAACCAUUGGCUUUCGAGGACCGCCAGGACUUCCGGGACCUCCAGGAAAAGCGGGAUCCCGUGGAGACAGAGGGCCCCAGGGGUUCAGAGGACCCAAAGGCGACACUGGUGGUGGUGGACCAAGAGGAACACCUGGGACUGCUGGCCCACUAGGGGAGCCGGGUAUGCCCGGAAAAGACGGGAGAGAUGGAACUCCCGGACUCGAUGGUGAGAAGGGUGAUGCGGCUCGCUUUGGGGCUCCUGGAGAAAAAGGGCCAAAUGGAAUGCCUGGACUACCUGGAAGAGCAGGACUGAAGGGCGAAAAGGGUCAACUAGGCAGUCAAGGGGAAAUGGGAGAGUCCGGUCCUUCAGGGGAGCCAGGUAUACCUGGAAUUCGUGGUAUUGCCGGGGAGAGAGGCAACGCUGGGCCAAGGGGAUCUUCGUCGCUCACUGAGUAUGUCUUUUCAACAAUGGCGCUCCGCAGUUGGUGUCGUGUGAAGUGCCCGCCAGGAAUUGGUGCUGCAGAGCCCACUCCCCACAAUGGCGGCCCACACAGGCCAAUCCUGGCACUGAACGCCCAUGACAUCUACCCUGGGAAAAAAGAAAGCCGUUUGCAAAGCGCAGACAAGCGAAGCGCCGGGGUUCAGCUGAUGCCGCUACCUGUCUACGGAACACCCGCCCAUGCGAAUGCUCUGUGGCUGCAGCGUUGCCAACAACACCAAUGGCACAACGCUUCACAGUUUCACAUCGUUGGCUGCCCUCUCCCAAGUUCAAAUGUGCAAAUAGCCAACAGCCAAUAUUGUGGGGUGAAUGUUGUACCCCCUCGGAUCUCUGCUUCUCUGACUGGGGUCACCUCCCAGAGAGGCCCCAGGUGCUUUGUAAGAACAGAGUGA